GCUUCGGGUUGGUCGCCCGGGUUACCAGGAGGUGGGGCCGCCCUGGCUGCUGUGGCCCGGAUGUCCGGGCGCCGCGAGCCGGGUGGCUGAUUUCGGAGCUUCUUCAAGGAAACCUGCAAGCGGCCAAUGGCUGUCGAUAUUCAACCAGCAUGCCUUGGACUUUACUGUGGGAAGACCCUAUUAUUUAAAAAUGGCUCAACUGAAAUAUAUGGAGAAUGUGGGGUGUGUCCAAGAGGACAGAGAACAAAUGCACAGAAAUAUUGUCAGCCUUGCACAGAGUCUCCAGAACUUUAUGAUUGGCUUUAUCUUGGAUUUAUGGCUAUGCUUCCUCUUGUUUUACAUUGGUUCUUCAUUGAAUGGUACUCGGGGAAAAAGAGCUCCAGUGCCCUUUUCCAGCACAUCACUGCAUUAUUUGAAUGCAGUAUGGCAGCUAUUAUCACCUUACUUGUGAGCGAUCCGGUUGGUGUUCUUUAUAUCCGUUCGUGUCGAGUACUGAUGCUUUCUGAUUGGUACACGAUGCUUUACAACCCGAGUCCCGAUUACGUUACCACAGUGCACUGUACUCAUGAAGCUGUCUACCCGCUAUACACCAUCGUAUUCAUCUAUUAUGCAUUCUGCCUGGUAUUGAUGAUGCUGCUCCGACCCCUUCUGGUAAAGAAGAUCGCCUGUGGCUUAGGAAAGUCUGAUCGAUUUAAAAGUAUUUAUGCUGCACUUUACUUCUUCCCGAUUUUAACUGUGCUUCAGGCAGUUGGCGGAGGCCUUUUAUAUUAUGCCUUUCCAUACAUUAUAUUAGUAUUAUCUUUGGUUACUCUGGCUGUGUACAUGUCGGCUUCUGAAAUAGAGAAUUGCUAUGAUCUUCUGGUGAGAAAGAAAAGACUUAUUGUUCUCUUCAGCCACUGGUUACUUCAUGCCUAUGGAAUAAUAUCCAUUUCCAGAGUGGAUAAACUCGAGCAAGAUUUACCCCUUUUGGCUUUGGUACCCACCCCAGCUCUUUUUUACUUGUUCACCGCAAAAUUUACCGAACCUUCACGGAUACUGUCCGAAGGAGCCAAUGGACACUGAAUGUAAGAGCCAAAAAACCUAAAAAGUGUUCCUUGUAAAAAAUAUAAAAUGUAUUAAUGCUCUUCUGUUGUACAUGGAAAUAAGAUGGGGUUGGUUUGUCAACAGCCUUUAUGGUUAGACUUGGAAAAAUAUAGUAGAUAUGCUAUAGCACACUGGGACACUACAGGCUUGUUAGGAAGCGCUUGCCUCCUGUAACAGUAUUGUUAUUCUUUAGAGCAAAAUCAUGUUUCUGGAAUAAGCUGAAAUCUUUAGCAUUGACCUAAUUUUGCAUGUAUUUGUUUUUCAAGUGUAAUUAUAAGGACAAACAUACCUUGGUGGUCUGCUAGCAAUCAUGGAAAUGAAGUACGUUGUUUGUUGUUAUCUGUUUAUUUUUACCAAUACAGUAUUUUGAUUAUAAAACUAGAGCAUAAUUUAUGUAACAGGUUUUUUGUUUAUAGGUGGUUUGGUCGAAAACCUCUUCUGGUUGUUUCUGUUAAGAAAAAACAAUAAAAUGUUUAC